GGUGCGUCAGCUGGAAGAUAAUUACAAACGGGAGUGGUGAAAACGUGAGGACGCGUUGAUGUGCUUCAACGCAGGAACGUGUUCAUCAUUUUCUGGAUAAAUUUAGUCCGUGGAAAACUGUACAGAUUCUCACUUCAAAUCUUUACCUGAACCAAAUGCUGCACGUGAUGCUGGAAGAAGCAGCAACGGUGAGUUUGGGAAAUGUUUGAUUUGGAAACACGAAGCUGUGCGACUGAUAAACUGGUUACUGAUUUAGAGGGGGAUGAACAUGGAGGAAACUCAGCAGAAUCUGGUAAAAGGAGACAUAGUAUUGUGACGCUACAAAAUAUGCUGAAAAAAGUCUCCCAGAGCCCUUUCCAUAAUCAAUACGAUGAUGCUGAGGGGUCAGCUGUUGCUACGCAUGUGACGGACAACCACCAGCCUCAUCUCAAACAGCUCAGUUUGGGGACUGAAGAUGAUUAUCUUCUCCUGGACAAGAGUGGCCAUCGGGAACGGCUUCAUUUAAGCCCUCAGAAUGGAAUCUCUGAGGAUUUGGUCAAAACAAAUCCAUUUUAUUCCUAUUAUUUGGAAUCGACCAACAACGGUCAUGAGAUGGAGAAUGGGAGGAAAACUUCAGAAGAAGUGAAGCUUGAUGCCAUCUUUGUCCCCCCACCAGAAUUUCAGAGCUCUCCUCUGGGUCUUGAGCCUGAAAUUAAGACUGUGGAAAAUGACGCCAAAUUUUCUGAACCUGACACCUUUCAGACACACAAACAUAAGGAAGACCUCCUCCUAACAUCGGUUCUGGGCCAGAAAACUGCUCCUAAUGGGGAUUUUUAUGAUUUAACCUUGAAAACACCAAACCUCUAUGACACAAACGGGGCUCAAACACAGAACGCCUCUAAACUCUGGGACGUAAAAAGCGCUGAGGUGUUAAAAGAUAAAGAAGAGGAUCUUUUCCAUGCUCUGAAAGGGGAAGAUUUACUUCAAAGUGAAUGUUCUAAGGAAGUCAACUUGUUUAAUAAAUCUUCCAGUUAUUUUGUUGACCCAUUUAAAUCUCCUUCAGACGAGGAUGAUCUGUUCCGCUCUUCAUCAGCUGUGGCGACUAACCCUUUUUACAACACCCCAACCUCAGAACCAGACUUGUUUCAGACAAGUGUAACUACAGGUGAGGAACAACACACGGCCACUACAGACAAGGAUCUUGCUGGCAUGUCUUUUUCUAUAGAAAAUCUGGACAUAUUUUCAUCUUCAUCCACUAAUGCAGUCGAUCCCUUCCAAAGCCCGCUUACAGCAAACUUAUUCCAAGACUUCUCUAGUUUGGAUGAUCCGUUUGGCCCGACUCCCUCUAGAUCACACAACCUUCUCAAGGAUGUUUCAGAUGGCACGCCGGACAUCUUUUGGCCACGCCCUGCAGAUACUAGAGAGAGCAUGGAUUUGUUUAUGAAAACUCCAUCGAAAACCACAGUCUCCACACCCUCUCUCAGUCCAUCAGAGAUGAAGCUGGAUGUUCCAGCAUCACCAGAUCUUUUUAAAAAAAAAAUACUGAAGUCUCCUCCAGCUGUCCCACCAAAGCCUCUUCACAGGCCGCAGGAGAUCCUCCUGACGACUCCUCAGGGCAGCAAACAUGAUAUCCUUCAGCCGACUCCCUUCAGUCAGGCCAGCAGUCUGUCUCCAUCGCCCAACCAGUCUCCAACUGGCAUGGAUCAUGUGCAGGUUUUCAGGCGUCCACCACGACCACUGCCUCGAACCAGACCACCUCGACCAGUAAAACCACCGCAGCCAGUGAUCCCUGUUGAAAAGGAACCAGAUGUACCAAAAGAGGCACCAAAAUCCUCCCCCAAGUCAGCCCUUAGAUCGUUGCCAAAACCAGUUUUCCCCCGUAAACCAAAAACUCCGAAGCCUAAACCAGUGGAACCCGAGAACUUUGUUGUCUUAGAGGACAUCCUGCUUAUCGGACAGGAACGGUGUAUAGAUGACUGGCCUGAGGACAGUCCUGAGCACAACCCUGACUUCAAACCAGCUGGAAAAUUUAAACUACGAAGAGAGUCGCUGAAGGCCAAGACAGAUUCUGACGGAGGAAGUGGCGAGGACCAAGAUGGAAGUCAAAGCAAGAAAAAGAAGUUCAAAAUGUCCCUGCUGUCCAGAAGAAGCUCAAAGGAGAAGUUUCCUAAGGAUAUGUUGAAGGGAAAUAGUAACACACUGCCCGUCUUACAUAAAUCACCAAAGGAGAACUUUACAGACGUGCACACAUCUGUGGGAGAGAAUGAGGAUGAAGAGCUGAAUGAAUACAGAAAGAAACCUAUGAAGACCAAAGUCAAUCAGCUGUUUCGAAGAGCGUCCACUACUUCCUCUGUGGUUGAGCGAACCCACGCGGAUGGACAUUUACUUCAGGAAUCAAAGAAGGGGGACCUGGAUAAGAAGAGCAGCAAGAAUAACACCAUCGAUCGUCGAUGGUCAGAGGGAAAUAUGUUGGAUGACGGCACUGGUGAAGAGGAGGAAGACGGGGGAGCUCAUCAUGAGAAGACAAAAAAGAAAGUCAAAGUCAAGUUUGUGCCACAGCGAGGAUUUGCCAUCACUCGGGAAAAGCUAAAUAGUGAACCAAAGGGAGCUUAUGGAUACACGCCUCGCAAAGGCUCAAAGGACAAAUCAUCUGAUGAAGUUCUUGGUGCACAUGGCUACACCCCUCAUGAGAAGUCAAAGACUGAUGCUUUUGAGGAUGUGGAGGAGUUGAAAAGCCAACAUCUUCAAUCAGCAAGCAAAGCAAAAACACAUCAUUAUUCUCCGGGACUAAAUGAAGAUGAAGAUGCUUAUGGAUUCCAAGCCUGCAAACCUAAGAAAUCAGCAAAGAUGAAACUGCAGCAUGCAGGUCGUCGAAGUUCAAAGGAGAACAUGCUGGAAAGCAGCGCUAUGCAGAAAAAGAAGAGCUGCUUCUCAGAUGAGGAGUUUGAAGAUGAAGAACUGAACGGGAUGGAGGCUUGUAAACCGAAGAAUUCUAAUCAUGGUCCGGUCCCUGUACCGCGAAAACCUAGGACAGCUAACAGAUGGGGUGAAUCAAGUACAUUCAGCUACCACUUACCUCAACAAACACCAAGUGAGGGGUUUGAAGAGGAUGAAAAAACUGGAAACAAGUUGACAAAACCUGCAGAGUUGUACGAUGAUGAAGCGGAUGAACUUGAAAUUUGCAAGCCGAAAAAGUCAUCAAAAUUAAAAGUCUUCAACAAACGCAAGCAUAGGAGCAAAGCAAUGCAUCCAGAAGGUGAGGAUCCACAAGGAGCUGCAUUUAACGAACACCUUUCAGAGGCUGCUAAGGCGGAGUGGCUUGCUGCUCAGAUGGACGAGUGUGCUAUAGCAAAUCUGGAAGAUGAGGAAGAGGAAGGAGACACUGACAGUUUGAUGGAGUGGUGGUAUACAGUAGAGAAAUGGGAUGAGGUGCCAUCGGAUGAAGAGGACGCAGCCAUCCAAAAGGAUGAAUUAAAGUCCUUCACCAUCCUGGCAGACAAGAUCCAUAAUGGCCUCCGCCUCUUCAACAAAGUCUUCACAGAGCGAGCUGAGAUCCUCUGGCAGUCCAUCAUCUUACUCCACACCAUCGCUGACGACAUUAGUGAAUUCCACCAUAAAGCAAAGAUUGCUGGCAUCACUGGUGGAACCACCUCAGCGGUGGGGGGCGUGGCGGCCAUUGCUGGCUUAGCCCUGGCACCCGUCACUUUUGGGGCCUCUCUGCUAAUCACAGCUGUGGGAGUGGGUGUGGCAGCAGCUGGUGGGGUGACUUCGGCCUCUGCAGCCAUUUCAGAUAACGUUAACAGAAAUCACGACCGCAAGAAGGUCGAGCAGGUCCUGAAGGAGUAUGAGGACCACCUGCUGGACAUUGCAAAGAUCCUUCACUUCGUCAACAAGGGUUUGAGCAAGCUGCGUGGCCAUCCUUUCCUCCGGUCCGGCACCCAGCAUUACUCUGAGGACUGGGAGAUCCGCAGGUCCGUCCAGGUGAUCAGCUUAGUGGACUCACCUGUGAUGCGAGCGACAGAGUUAACAGAUGAGGCCAUCACCUCGCUGCAAGGACUCUUCAAAGGCAUGGACAAGUACUUUAUAAAGGACACCAGAGAGCUGAAGAAAGGCUGUAAGAAAGAGAUUGUGGCUGAAAUACGCAAAGUGGCAAAUGUGCUCAAUGAGAGCAUAGUGGAACUCAACACCAUCAGGGAGGAGCUUCAGGAUGCAACUGGAAACAUUUGAGCAGCUUCCUGAUAAAGGCUUUUUAACCAUAUUUAUCAAAGAUCAGCAGCACCCUCUCCUGGCCGAAUAAAGGAACUGUUGGUUAGGUGUGGCUAUCAAAGAUUAAGUCAUAUGACACACUUUUUAACACUUACACAACACUUGUGAUAGUCCUGCUAAACAUUGAGCUUCUGUGAAUCUAAUUAUGUCUGAUGUUUUGCUGUGACUGUAGACAACAUUUAAAGAUGCAGACGAGUUUUGUAUUUAUAUUGUAAGAUGUUUAUCAAACACACUGUCCUGCACUCAAUCAUGGAAAGUUUUUCCAGCAUUGGAUGAAUCAAAAUGUGUCCACGGAGGGUCUCAUUUGAACAUUUAAACUGUUUCCAGUAUAAUCUUUUUAUUACUGUUUGUUUAUUUAUAUAUUGUGUGUGUAUGUGUAUGUCACCCUUCUUGAUGUUUUCAAACGUCAAUGCAGUAAGGUAAAAAAAUAAA